AGAGGACGAAAAGUCGGCGGUCGGUGGGCCCUCGCUCUCCCCACUUCUGUCUCCUUUCUCCCCCUGGUUUCCCUCUCAUCUACCUUUCCAUCGGGAACGAAUAAGAAGGGGGCGAGGGCCUGGGCUAGAGCUGCCCUUCCAUCCUCGCCCCAUCGGUGCCGUUGCCGCGCUUUCUCGUCCUCUGUCCCUCUCUUCGCCCCCCUGGUUGGUUGGUUAUGCUUGGUGACAGAGGAGGGGAGCCAGAGCGCCGGCGCUCCUCCUUCCCGGCUGGCUUCCCCCGCCCCCGAUUCUUUCGAUACCGCAGGAUGAGGCUCCCGUCUUCUUACCUUCAGACCACCCUUCCCUCUUCCUAGGCUCCUAGCUUAAGCACGCACGCAUAAGGAGAUCGAGCACCGCCACCGCGCAUGGCUCCGCUUCCACCGUCGACCACCACCACCACCACGUACUACUCCCACCCGAGGAGCCUCCGCCGGAAGCAGGACGAGCGGGCUGGAGGAGCGAGGAAGUCGCCUCCUCCUCCACCGCAUAGGUCUUCGUCGUUCCAUGGGCGGACGGCGGCGUCCCCGGUGGAGCACCGCCAGAUGCGGCGGCCUAAAACCCAACCGGACCUGCUCGCUGGGGCGGAAAGGGGGAUGGCGGCAUCGCCGGAGGAGAAGAGGCUGGGCAAGGGUGGCGACAAGAGCUUCGAAGCGGAGAGGAGGAUGCCGGCGAAGGUGCUGGUAAACGUGACAGUGCAGAGGAGCCUGGGGCCGGUGCAGGUGAUGGCGUCGACGGAGUGGACCGUCAGGGAGCUCGUGGCAGCAGCGUUGAGGCAGUACGUCAAGGAAGGGAGGCGACCCCUGCUGCCCUCGGCGGAGCCCGCUGCCUUCGGCCUCCACUACUCUCAGUUCAGCCUCGAACCUUUGGAUCUCAAGGAGAAGCUCAUUCGUUUGGGAUCCAGGAACUUUUUUCUCUGUUCUAAGACCGCCCCGGCUACUUCAGACGCAGCGACGGCCUCCUCCUCCUCCUCCUCCUCUUCUUCUUCUUCUUGUGCCAAAGAAGCUCAGAAGGCGUCCAAGAUAUCCAUCACUUGGCUUAGGUUCAUGGAUUUCUUGCUGUAGCUUGAUUAAUAUUUUUCUCUUUUUUUCCUUCAACUACGAUUUCUGCUAUUGUUGGACGGAAUCUCUUCUCAGACAGAUGAUUCUGGCUGCCCAUGUUGCAAGUCGCAACCCUUCGGUUUUUGGGUUGGGGUGAAUCUUUAGCGCUAGCUGUUGCAGUGUUGUGGACGUGUAUAUUCACCAAGUUUAUAUGAAGCCAAAUCUAUAUUUCGUUGCAUGUAUUUAAAUACAGCAGCUCUGCAAUUCCCCUGUGCAGACUAUUCUUGAUGUCCGAAUCUUACGGGGUUCACCGGUGUAAAUGAAUAAAUCUGCCUAUUUAUUAA